AUGCUAACAGAUAGUCCAUCUUAUAAACAUUCAAAUAAGGAGAACUCUCCAAAACAUUGUCCAAUCAUCAGAAAAAGCAACAUUUCACAUAAGCUUAUCAAUGAGGUAUUAAACAGUGGAUCUGAUUAUCUGCAAGAUUAAUUGGAGUAGAUUGAUCACAAAAUAAUUUAAUAUUAAUGCAAUAUCAAGUAGAAGAUCACAACUUUACUUGGUGAAUCAACUUGCUCAAUUGAUUAACAAUUAUUUCAAACCAAACUUCAAGAUUUGCGCAUGGAAGAAUAAAAGUACUUUGAAUGUAUAAUUUAGCUAUCAGUAAAUGCAAAGUGAUAUUGAUAAAUAAUAAUCUACACUUUAUGAUUAUUAUGAAACUGAAUUCAAUAAGCUCAAAUCACAAUAUGAGUUGGUCACUCAAGAACAUCAAUAAUUCAUCAAAGAGAGAGGUGAAGUUCAUCAAACUUAUAAUUCAAUCUUAGAAACCAAAGCGAUGUUAAAGGAGGAUUUGAAUGCAAAACUAUUGUAGAGAGCAGAAUUAGUUGGUUAGAAAGAGGAAUUAGAAGAAUUUGUAGAGCAAAUUAAAAAUGAUCAUCCUUAACUCACCGAAAUCGUUGAAUCCAUUUAUUAAUGCGAUCAAAAGACUUAAGAUAUUGUUAAAAAUAUUCAUAAUGCAACAAAUCAAAUUUAAUUGCUCUAUUUUCAAUAGGACGAGAAAAAAAAAUAGUUAGCCUCAUAUAACUAAACUACUUUACUUGAAGUUUAAGUUCAUUAAUAAACCCAGAAGGUCAAAUAAUUAAAGAAUAAAAUUGUACCAAUCUAAAAAAGUUUGAAUCUUUAGCAUCCAGAUUCUAUUCUAAAUGAAUUUAUAGUUUAUUAUGGAAAUUAGCCUAUUCAUCUGGAGUCAAUUGAAUUUCAGACUAAACUAACUAGUUUUAUAUAGUAAUUUAGAAAUACCCUAUUUAAAUAAGGAAAUUAGGGAAACAAUUGGGGAAGCAUGAAGGAAUUUGUAUUUCAAUUGGAAUAAUUCAUUUUUGCUUCUUUAUCUCAAAGACAAAGCUAAAACUAAUUGUCUGUAAUAAAUAAUUAUUUAAGUAGGAUUUAAAACAUAGUUUAAAGCAAUAUGGUGAUGAGUAACUCUUAUCAAAUGAAGUUUGCACUAUCGAUUAUUAAGUCGAAGUGAAAAAAUAAUAGAUUAAAGAAUUUGAAGAGGAAAAGUCUUAGGCACUAUAUAGAAGAGAAAUGUAAAUAUCUAUUUUAAAAAUAGAUUAUAUGAUUAAUUUUAAGAAAGAGUUAGUUAAUAAAGUGAGGAAGCAUUUCAAUAGUAUUAGGAUUAGAAUGAACAGGAACUUACUCACAUCCUAAAUGAAUUUGGGAAUACAGAAUACAGGUCUAUUCUUGAUCAGACCUUCAAAUAGAUGCAGCAAUUAAUGCAGGAUUAAGAAGAAGUAAAAUUGAAUUCUAUUUAUUUAGGAACAAUUUAAUAAUACUUAUAAAGUACUUUAAUAGUAUUAUCUCUUUGAUUAAGCAAUUAAAAUAAACAUUUAAAUGGUUGAUUAGGAGAUACUCCCAUAAUUAAAGAAUAUUGGAUAAUCAAUAAUUAAUGCAAAAAAAGAAUUAGAUAAAUUAAGUGGAAGCGAAAGACCUUACAUAGAUCGUUAAAAUAAAAUAGAAUUGGACAUUAAAUAUUUGGAGUAGGAGUUUAAGAGAAAAAUUGAUUAUUUUAAUAGUUAAGAGGCAGAAAUAUAGAGAUGUUUGAGUGCAACUAAACUAGCUAUUGAGAACACUCAAGAGUAAUUACUAUCAAAGGACAAACCUAAUAAGGCCUUAUUGGAAUAAGAGAUAUUGCAACUCAACAAUAUGUUGAUUCAAUUGUAGGAAUAGAAAAAAUAGAUUGAGGCCUCUUAAUUCUAGUUUAGCAAAUCUCCUCAAAAGAAUGAUGUUAGCAGAAGAAGUUCAAAUGGAGGCAUUUUGGCCAUUUCAAAAUCAUUAAAUCAAUUUUCAAAAUUGCGUAAAGAACCAACAGUGAAUAGUUUUAACAAUAGUGUUGUCAAGGGUAUUACACCUUCAAAAGAGUCUUCAAACCUGUAUCACAUUGCCAAAUAUCCUAAACCAAAUUGUAAAACUUCAUAGGAGUUAAGGCUAAAGUCUAAUGUUUCAUUAAAAUCGAUAAAGUGACU